AUGGCCCUACACAAGAACACAGACAGAGGGUAUGCGUGGGUGGUCCUGGUCAGCAGUUGGCUACAACUGGUCAUCUGUGGCAUCGUUUACUAUUCACCAGCCGUGGUCACCAUAGGCCUACUGGAGACGAUGAAGGAAGGUGUGUUCAAGACAUCGUGGGUGGGGUCCACCUUGUAUGGGACUUAUAUGUUUACAGCAAUAGGAUCUGCGUUGAUGGACGUGUCCUCAGCGGUGAUCAUUUGCCACUAUUUCGACAAAUACCUUCCCCUUGCCUCGGGUCUACAGAUGUCAGGAGGAGGGGCGGGGCUGCUCAUGGGUGCUCCUAUAGCGAGAGCCCUCCUUGACACGUUCGGACUGAGCGGGACGUUUCUUGUACUAGGAGGAAUAGGAGCUAAUGCGUGUGUGUGUGGUAUGUUGUUCAGACCUUCGCCGCAUGAGCAACAUACAGGAACAAAGUCGAAGGAGACGUCGGGAGACGUCACCCGAAAUCUUGUGGAUCAAGAAGUAGACGUGCAGUCAGAAGUCAGAAUAAGCUACGUACAACGUUUACGUUCAACAGUCAGAGACACGUGGUCACUUGUGUUUAAUUUGAGCUUUAUGCUGUACGUCCUUUCCUAUACAUUUUGGGGAUUUGGAGAAUCAAUCAUCUAUGUACAUUUAACUAACUUUGCGGAGUCUAAAGGAACUAGCCAACAGAAUUCCGCCAUGUUGUUCACAGCAAUAGGCGUUACUAGUAUAAUAGCGCGGGUGUUGGCAGGGUUUGCUGGUACCGAUCCAGCAAUAGGCGUCUUCAUGCUACACACGGGUAUGGUAGGUGUAGCCGGUGUCCUGCUCAUGCUGUGCCCCCUUCUCUCGAGUUCCUUGACGCGACAGUUUGUGUUUAGUAGCUUGUACGGCAUCUUCAGUGGUGGGCCGAUGGCGCUAGUGAAACCUAUCAUUGUUGACCUAGUGGGAGUAAAACAACUGGCGACCGGAUAUGGAGUGGUGAAUUUCAUUGGUGGCCUUGGAUUACUUCUCGGACCUCCUUUUGCAGGUAGGUAA